AUGUUAUCCUCGGAAGCUUCAUCCACGGCGGCGUCGCAGAUUGAGAUUCUUCUCAAACCGAGCGACGUGAACACGGAAGCGAAAUAUUACGAAAAACUCAUCCGACGAGGCAUCGAGGAAUGUGGUCACGAAACUUUUUCGAACGUCUGCGUGCAAAGACACCAUCAUACUCCUGCCGCCGUCGCUAGUGGUGUUAUUUCUCCUCCUCCUCCUCCUGCUGCUGAUGUUGCUAAUAAUAAUAAUAGUUCUAAUCAUUCAAAUAUGAGCGGCGGAAAAAAUAGAGGUAAAGGCUUAUACGCGACGAGAGAUUUUAUAGUUGGCGACCGGGUGCUGAUAGAACCUCCGUUGGUGGCCAUGCAACACGAGAGAAAUAGAAACGACGCGAUUGUCUGUUCGUUCUGUUUUCGAUACGUCGGGUCUAUUGAAAAACAGAUUGGUCAAAGAUUGUUUCAUCAGUUAUCAUCCGCGCAAGAGAAACUGCAGCAACAAAAGGAACAACAAAUGGAGGCGACGACGGCCGGCGACGCAGCCGCCGAGGAAUCGGCGAGGAGGUCGGGAGAUCUCGAUGUCUUAAAUAGCAUGGCAUCUGUAGGCGAACCGAAGUUACCUCUCGCGGACCAGUGCUUUCCACUUCCAACGGAACGCGCGUGUGUGGGUGGGUGUUACCGCGAAAUUUUUUGCUCGAACGAGUGCGCGCAAAACGCUUGGAAUUCACACGAACGAGCCAUGUGUAUAGGGAACAAAAGCGGAGACCAAGACGAACAGGCGAAAAAUCGCGCAUCUAUGAUGCAUCAGUUCAUCGAGCACGCCAAGGAUACGAACGAUAUCUUCAUUUUAGCUGCCAAAGUAGUCGCUAUGGUUACAGAAAAUGCCAGCCUCGCCUUGAGCGACGCGAGUAAUAAUAUCACAUUUUUAGGGGAGGCUUUAGAAGUUGCAUGGGAACCGUUUUCUCGCGUUCAGAAAGCUAUUUGGUGGGAUAUCGUCGCGAUUCCUUCAGAUGUCGAGGAGAAAGACGAGGAAAGCUUUAGGCAGCAACUCAUAGAGCUCGCAUCGGGUUCUUUAGAGUUGUUAUGCAAAGCGUGGCCAGACCGCGCUCAGGCGUUUCCUGGAUUGUUCUCUUUACCGGUGUGGGGGGCCAUCGUCGGGAUGUUUGAGUUGAACAAUUUAGAACUCGUCGUAGAGUCUCCGGUGGAAAACUAUUUCCUCGCCGUUGAUGGCUUAGCCGACGAGAACCAAAAGAUGGCAAUUUUACCACAAACGCAACCUUUUCUGGACGCGUUGGACGUGAAAUACGACAUUCCUUGUUUGGGAACGGCGCUUUUUGCGUUGCAAUCCAACUGUAAUCACGACUGCGAUCCGAACUGUCAUCCGUUCAAAGACGAGACCGAUAUAAACGGGAGUUGCGUCUUAGUCGCGCGUAAACCUAUACGGAAAGGAGAGGAACUAACAAUUAGCUAUUUAGAAGACGACCAACUAGAUUGGAGCAGGCGUCAAGAUGCCUUGUCGGAUUACGGUUUCGUGUGCAGAUGUGCAAGGUGCGAAUCCGAAGUCAGUCAAACUCGAGGACGACAAAAGAUGAAAAUGUAA